AUGUCCGCAUCAUCCAACCGGCCCAUCUUUGACUCCGUCGACACAACCUUCGAUCCCUCCCAUAACAACAACAGCGCCCGCGACGACUCCCUCGUCGUCGAAUCCCCCUCCCUCACAAACGGCAACGCCCUCGCCCGCUUCGAAUUCGAACCCAACCUCACGAGCAAAAACGGCACCAAAGUCCUCAUGGUCGAAUGGGAAGAAGACGACACCACAGCCCCACAAACCACCUCCUCCUGGGAAGUAACCUGGGAAAACAAGCGCACAGUCCUCCCCGCAAGGGAAGAAGGCGAAGAACAAGCCGUCAACCGCCUCUACUUCCUCCUCGGCCCGGGCGUCGCAAUCCCCACCACCGUAAAACUCACAAAGGGCAGCAUAGAAUGGCGAACGAACCCCCUGCCAGCCAUCUUCCCGCCGGAACUGGGUGCCAAGGCCGGCAAGAAGGGCGUGUUACAUACCAUCUGGGCCAAGAAGAGAUUACAAGUCCUCACCAGAGAAAUCGAAGCGGAAUCGAAAGAGAACGCAGAAGGGAUCGGGUUGGAAAUGGCCGUGGCGGAGAAAGAAUGGAUUGAAGCGACUUUUGGCGUCGCGACGAAACCCCCGCAAAUAUCUAUAUCCGCUGCGCAAGGAGCGACGAUGGCGUCUGUCCUGGGAGGAGGCAAUCUGAAUUCCCCGACAAGUCCGCGGAGUCCCGGAGGCGGGCGAUUGCUGGAUAAAUUGAAAGGCUUGAAGAUCGGAACUUCUGAAUCGGAACUCUCUGCGAGCAGGAAAGACGAGCACGUGGCACUGGCGGCGGCGGCGGCGGCAGCGCAUAAUCCUCUAAGCCCCGAGAGUUCGGACGUAGCGGUGGGGUCUUUUGGUUCUUUUGCUGCUUUGAAGGGCGCUGCGCCGCCGCCGACGUCGACCCUGGCUGCCAAACCUCCCCAACCUCCGACGCAACAACAGCAAAGAAAGAUGAUGGCAUCGCAGCGACCACCCGAGUCGUUUUCCAGACAACCAUAUGGCAUGGGCUCGCUGAACGCCUUCGCCGCGGGCGACGGAGGGCUUUCCCAGCAGCAGCAGCAGGGAACGAAUAAUGCUGAUGAUGACGAUGAUGACGAUAACGAUAACGAUGACGAUCUCUUCGCGCUACCCAUGAGUCCACGAAGUCCGGACAUGACCAAGAGUCCAUUCUCUUUCGCGACGAAAGAUACACAUCGGUAUGUGAAUGGGAAUGGUGGGGGUAAAGCUUCAUGA